AUGCUCAAGAACCAGUCGCUGACCAUCGCGGCCAUCCUCAUCGCCGGCGUCUUCGGCCUCUUUCUCUUCUUCGACCCCCUCGGCGUCUCCCUCGAUGUUCCCUCCCACGUCUCCGUCACACACACAGUCCUCUUCCAGUUCAGCAAAGACGCCAGCCCGGAUGCCAUUCAAGAGGCAUGUGGUCGCAUGAUCGCCCUCAAGGACGCCUGUGUCAAUCCUUCAACCCAAAAGCCCUACAUUGUCUCACUGAGAGGCGGCAAGGACAACUCAGCCGAGGGCAAGCAGGGCGGCGCCACACAUGGUUUCGUCGUGGAAUUUGCAUCAACAGCCGACAGAGACUACUACAUCCAGCACGAUCCGGCGCAUCAGACCUUUGUCCAGAGCGCCAGCGACAUUGUGCAGAAUGCCAUUGUGGUUGACUUCGAGAACGGCCUCUUCUAG